AUGUUUCGCUGUAUGGCUGUGCGCGCUUCAUCUUCUGUUCGCUAUAUUUCUUCUCGACACUCAAGAGUUAGACUUUAAAUGAGAAAAAAAAAGAGAUUUCCUUUCAGUUAAUUCAUUUUUGUCCUACAAUCGGAACAGCGAGAAGUCUGAAGCUUCAACCUAUUAGUGGACAGUAUAUUCAUCCGCGUAGAAUGUUUUCGAGCAGGUUUCCUUUUUCCUGAUGAAACGCCCCAACAGAAAUGAUGUUUCCUCAGCACAUCAGACGGAGCACCCGAUGACCCAGCGCCGCAUUUGAACGAAGAUUCUGCAAUCGAGCUGAUAUCCAAAGACGUUGAUAAUUGUCUCGUUUCUAAACGUCUUAUGUCGCUUCAGGGAAUGUCACCGGUUUCGAUUCCCGAUGUUAUGCCAAUUGUUCCGAUGCUGGCAAUCAAUCGGUAUCCUCUUUUCCCAGGCUUCAUCAAAAAAGUCGACGUGAGUGAGCAUCUCUCCUCUCGUUUCCCUAGUAUUCAACCUGUAGAUAGUGAAAGACGAUGGGCUCAAAGCGUUGAUACGACGCCAAUUAUCACUCAAGCAACCAUACGCCGGAGUUUUCGUCAAACGAGAUGACGAGUUUGAAAAUUUGGCUUUUCUCCAUUCAUUUUCUCUAUAGAAACAAAGACGAAACUGUGUCUUCUCUCUCCGAAAUUUAUUCUACGGGAGCAUUCGUACAGGUUGCUCCAUUUUCAAAGCGAAUUACUAAUAUUCACUUUUAGAUAAUCGAAGUCCGGGAUCAGGGCAGCAUCCUUGAACUUGUUUUGAGCGCUCAUAGAAGGUUUUAGUGUGUUUAAAAACGCUUGUAGGGGUUAUAUAGGAAAAAAAAGGAAGCAGAAUCGCUUUGGAUUGGUUUUCUUUGUUUUGCUUUAUUCAAGCUAUUUUUUGAAGCGAAGAAUUCAGCAGCAGAAAAUCGUUACUCUAGAAGCACUGGGAAAAAUCUGAAAACUCCAUAUAGCUUAUGCACGGAUGGCUUAAGUCAUCGAAAAAGGGUCCAACCCGAAACGAAAAGAAACAGUGGAUGGUUAUUGGAGAGCUCAGACAGGCCACGCCUCUUUAGCGUCCCUAAGCUAGCCAUGAACCGGCUAUAGCAAGAUUCCCUGUUAGAAGCAAAUUAUCUCGAUGACAAUCAACUUUAGGAUUCGUGUUCUCGAUCCAGUAGAGGAUUCUCAGCAGGUAAUUAAAAUCUCAAUAAUGCUUGAUUACGUCCCGAGCAGAACGCAGUGAUGGGAGUGAAUGGCAGAAGAGCCAACAAAGGGAAAAAGCUGACAUCUGCUACUCCACCAAAAACUCAAGCUCCUGAGAAGGCAGAAAAAUCACCACAAGAAGUCGAUAGCGUUCCAGGAAAACCGAAAGCAGCUGAUCGAAAAGGAAUCAUACUAGUUAGUUUACAUGUUUGGUUCGAGUAAUCACGAAUCUCAGGUGCGCACGGAGAAUGUUACUGCGGAACCUAUCCAGCGGAACAAUGAGACUAAGGCUUCCAUGAUGGCGAUAGUCCAAACGAUCAGGUUGCUUUCAAGAUCCAUAUCGAACAAAUAUCGAGAGUUGCAGAGACGUCGUGCAGUUCAAUUCUCUUUUCGGACAGCAGAUCAACUUGUUGCUGCACCCGUCGCAGAACGUCAUCGACAACCCCGUCUAUCUAUGUGAUCUGGUGGCGACACUCGUCCAGUCGGCGGAGACCCACGAGUUGCAGGAGAUGAUGGAGGAGACUGACGUCACGCUUUCCCACCUUGCCACCUUCUUCAUUGCUUCUUUUCAGGUGUCGAAACGUCUCAGCAUUGCCUUGCUUCUGAUCCAGAAAGAGAAAACGGUCGCCAAGUUGAAGCACGACAUCAACAAGGACGUUGAGAAGAAGGUUCAAGACCACCAUCGCAAGUACUUGCUCAAUGAACAGGUCGUUUUGUCGAACGUUGUCAUUUACGCUCGCCUAUUUGCAGUUAAAAGUGAUAAAAAAGGAGCUGGGUAUUGAGAAAGAUGAAAAGACAACGAUUUUGGACAAAAUGGAGGAAAGAAUGAAGAAACUCAAGGUUUGUCUCGGAACCGCGUAGAUUAUCUAUUUUCGAUCAGAUCCCUGAGUACGCAAUGAAGGUGAUCAAAGAAGAACAACAAAAAUUACAAUUCCUAGACCCUCACUCUAGUGAAUUCAGUGUGACGAGGUAUGUGCUCUCAAAACUUCCCAUAGCUGACCUCAAACUUGGAAGAAAUUAUUUGGAUUGGCUGACGAAUGUGCCUUGGGGUCACAUGUCUGUGGAAAACCGCAAUCUUUCGAGAGCCAAGCAAGCGCUGGACGAUGGUCACUACGGUAUGAAGGACGUCAAAGAGCGGAUUCUCGAGUUUAUUGCUGUCAACAUUCUUCGGUUUGAAGAACGAAGCGUUCUUUUGUCAUGUAAUGAAAAACCUUACCAGGCAGAGUACGGCGGGAAAAAUUCUCUGUUUCCAUGGACCGCCGGGAGUGGGAAAAACAAGCAUUGCCAGGUCGAUCGCAACGGCUUUGAACAGACAGGUGCGCCUUUUCAAUCGGAAGAGAGUUCUCGGCUCAGUAUUUCCGGUUUUCUGUGGGUGGAAUGACGGACGUCGCAGAGAUCAAAGGCCAUCGGAGGACUUAUGUUGGCGCUAUGCCGGGAAAAAUGAUCCAGUGUUUGAAAAAGGCAAGUGGAGGGAAAUCUCAUGCUUACUCCAUAAGCCAAGGUCCAAACCGAAAAUCCGCUGGUUCUCAUCGACGAAGUCGACAAAAUCGGUGGCGCUGGAUUCCAUGGAGACCCCGCUUCGGCGCUUCUCGAGCUGCUCGACCCUGAACAGAACGCGAAUUUCAACGAUCAUUUUCUCGAUGUUCCUGUUGACCUGUCCAAGUCUUUCUUGUGUUUUUUUAAUUGCCAAAAACUGAUUGAUAUCUCAGAGUUUUGUUCAUUUGCACGGCCAACGAGAGAGACAAAAUCCCUGGGCCGUUGCGCGAUCGUAUGGAGAUGAUUGACGUGAGCGGCUAUCUAGCUGAGGAAAAGCUGGAAAUCGCACACCACCAUUUGAUCCCUCAAACACGCCGAGAAACGUUUGCUCUUUUAUUUUUUUUUUUCCAGUUUUAUCUCACUUUAGGUCCAUCACGGAUGACCAACUGCAAAUAACUGACGCUGCUCUUGACACCCUCAUCAAGCAGUACUGUCGUGAAUCUGGGGUCCGCAACCUUCAGAAACACGUCGAACGCGUUCGUUUUUUUGUCCUCUUAUAUACUUGCCUUCUUUUUUUCAUCAGUUUUUUUGGAAAUAAGAGCACUUUUUAAACAAAAGGAACAUAGUCUGUUUUUUUCCCAACUUAAAAGGCGAGAUGGGUUGAUCCGCGUUGCGUAUGCGACGCGGUUUUUUUGGCAAAAAAACUCGAGGUCGAACGUAAUCAUGGAAAAAAAUGUAGAUGAAAAAAAUAAGUAUUCCGCUAUUUUCAUAUUUUUAUCCGUUCAGUAAAAAAUUGAAAGAUUAGGAGUUAUCGAAAACAUAUCAAAAAAGAUGUCUUGGGUUUUACGUCGAGCUCCACGCCAAAGAGCCGCGUCAACGCCUCACCAUCGCCAAUUUAUCAAUUUUCGCCUUUCAAGUCGAGAAGGAUAGACCAUAACAUUUAUUUUUAUUUUGGCAAUAAAUGAGAAGUGAAACACACGAAAAUGUUUCCCGCGAAACUCAAAAUCGUCUCUGACUCUCCAAAUCUCAGUUAAAAAUAUAAAAAUCAAAUACAAACAAGUUUUUUUGAAGAUAUUCCGGAAGGCGGCGCUGGUCAUUGCCGAGCGUCAGAAUCCGGUUGACGGCAGCACCUCGAAGGCUGAAAAAGCCGAGCAAGCGGCAUCGGCCUCACUCGUCGAAAACAGUUCCGAAUCGCCUUCUCUUUCCCCUCCGACGACUCCCAGUCAGCCUACCAUCAUCGUCAGCAACGAUAACUUGCAAGAUUUCGUCGGAAAGCCCAAAUUCACUUCUGAUCGUCUCUACGAAGUCACGCCCCCCGGAGUUUGUCUUCCCACUGUGGAUCAUUUACAGUUGAACCUACUCAGGUAGUCAUGGGAUUGGCUUGGACUUCGAUGGGUGGCUCGGCUCUUUACAUCGAAACCGUACUCAAGAGACCUGUCGAUUACAAUUCCGAAAAAGAAGGCACUAUCGAGGCUACCGGCAAUCUAGGAGAUGUUAUGAAGGUAUCUCAUAAUACAAUUUUGAUUUUAACUGAGCACUGAAAAUACGAUUCUCCUUUGAACGGAAAAAUUUACAAUCUUAUUAUCAGGGACUAAAAUAAAGUUCAAGAGAAAAUGAAAAAUUUCAAUCUCAGAAAAAAUUCAAAAAACGUUUUAAUUCUUCAAGAACUUUUUUUUCUUGAAGAAAAUCGGAUUAAUCUCUAAAUAAGAAAAAAAAACGUUGUUUUAUUCGUUUCUUUUCACUUUGGACGUGCUUCAGGAGAGCGUUAGAGCAGCAUUAACCGUGGCAAAAAGCACAUUGGCUCGCGUUGAGCCCGACAAAAAGUUCUUCGAUAAAAGUCACAUUCACAUCCACGUUCCUGAGGUUUUUUCCAAAAAAAAAUAAACAUAAAACAUGAAACGACUCUCAGGGAGCGACGCCAAAAGACGGUCCUUCUGCAGGAGUUACUCUAGUGUCUUCACUUCUUUCUCUGGCGCUCAACCGGCCAGUUUUUCAAGAAAUGGCAAUGACCGGAGAAAUCUCACUCACUGGAAAAGUGUUGCCUGUGGGCGGAAUCAAAGAGAAAAUUAUUGCGGUACACACAUCGUAACAGAAACUGAAAUAACGACUCUUGUACUUAUCAGGCGAGAAGAGUCGGUGCUCGGCGAAUCUUUCUUCCCGUAGAAAAUCGACGCGACUUUGAAGAUCUGCCCGAUUUCAUGAAAGGCGACAUCGACGUUCGAUUCGUGGCCCAUUAUGAUGAUUUAUUCCAACACUUGUUCAAUUGA